UGGUUGCCUCCUCCACCGUCGUCGAGCCCUUUCUACUUUGGCUCUUCAGAUGUGUCAGAGACCAGAAAACGACUUGUACCUAUGCAACUCAAGGAUUCAAGAGCUCUCCAAGCUCGGACGAGUAGAUGAAGCCCGUCAAUUGUUCGAGAAUAUAGUUCAAAGAAAUGCCAUCACCUGGAACAACAUGAUAAGCGGUUACUUCCAGAAUGGACGGAUCAAUGAGGCACAGGAACUCUUUGACAGGUUUGCUGGUAAAAACAUCAAGACCUGGACUACUGUUGUCACUGGUUAUUCUAAGAAUGGGAAGAUUGAACAAGCUCGGAAGGUAUUUGAAAUGAUGCCAGAUCGCAAUAUCAUAUCUUGGAACGCCAUGAUUAGUGGGUAUGCACAGAAUGGUGAUGUAGAGUCUGCUCGAUACUUGUUCAACGAAAUGCCUAAGAGGGAUGUUGUGUCCUGGAACACGAUGAUCACUGGGUACUGCCAUGUUGGUCUGAUGACUGAAGCUCAGAAACUUUUUGACAUGAUCCCAGAGAGGAAUUCAGUGUCAUGGAUGGUUAUGAUAUCAGGUUAUGUCCACAUUGACGAUUAUCAAAAAGCAUGGGAUGUAUUCUUGAAGAUGCACCGUAGCGGGGUUAGACCAGAUAAACUAAUCUUUCUCUCUGCACUCUCAGCAAUCACUGGCCUGAACAAUUUGAAAUUGAUUAAGAACCUGCAGGCAUUGGCAAUCAAGUUGAAUUUUGAGGGAGAUGUGGUUGUGGGCACUGCAAUUUUGAGUGCUUGUACCCGGAUUGGGAGAUUGGAUUAUGCAGAGCAAUUCUUUGAGAGGAUGCCAGAAUGGAAUGAAUUUUCUUGGACAACCAUGAUAGCAGCUUUUUCACAGUGUGGGAGAUUGGAUGACGCAGUUGCCUUGUAUAGAAGAAUUCCUGAACAAAGUGUUGCUUCCCGAACAGCAAUGAUGACUGCAUAUGCUCAGAGUGGGAGAAUCCAUGAGGCAAGGUUUUUGUUUGACGAGAUCCCAAAUCCAAAUGUGAUUACAUGGAAUUCUAUGGUUGCUGGGUAUGCUCAGAAUGGAAUGGUUGAUGAAGCAAAUGAAAUUUUUAGGAGAAUUCCCAUGCGGAACUCUGCUUCAUGGGCAGCCAUGAUCUCAGGGUUUGCACAGAAUGGACAAAGUGAAGAAGCAUUGAAGCUUUUAUCUGAGUAUCAUAGAUCAGGGGCGUUGCCAAAUGAGUCCAGUUUUACCAGUGCUCUUUUUUCCUGUGCCAACAUAGGAGCUAUUGAGAUCGGUAGACAGGUACAUUCUCUCUCCAUUAAAGCAGGCUGCCAGUUUAAUUCAUAUGUAGGAAAUGGGUUGAUUUCCAUGUAUGCAAAGUGCAGGAAAAUGGAGGAAGUUUCUCAUGCCUUUAGUAAAAUGAGAGUGAGAGAUACUGUUUCUUGGAACUCUCUCAUUACAAGUUUCUCUCAAAAUGACAUGUUAGAUGCUGCUCGUAGCACUUUUGACAAGAUGCCUAAACGGGAUGUUGUUUCUUGGACUGCCAUUAUAUCAGCAUAUGUACAAGCUGGGCAUGGGGAUUUGGCUUUUGAAUUUUUUAUUGACAUGUUGGCUGGAGGUACUAAACCAAAUGCAUCAUCAUUGAGUACCCUUCUCAGUACAUGCGCAAGUCUUUCUGCAACCAGGCUUGGCAAACAGAUUCAUGCGUUGAUCUUCAAACUUGGAUUAGAUUCAGAUAACUUUGUAGCCAAUGCUUUGAUAACAAUGUACUUCAAAUGUGGUUGUCUUGAUGGAUUUUGGGUGUUUGAAGAGAUGCCUGAACGUGACUUAGUUACAUGGAAUGCAGUUCUUGGAGGUUGUGCGAAAAAUGGAUUUGGAAGGGAAGCCAUCAAGAUCUUUGAACAAAUGAAGACGAAAGGUGUCUUUCCAGACUUGUCCAGCUUUCUAGGUGUCUUAUGUGCUUGUAGCCAUGCGGGUUUGAUUAAUGAAGGGUGGCACUACUUCAAUUCCAUGAGUCGAGAUUAUGGGAUUAUGCCCAUGGAGUAUCAUUAUGCUUGUAUGGUUGACCUUCUUGGCCGGGCCGGGCUCCUUUAUGAAGCUGAAGCCUUCAUUGAAAACAUGCCCAUAGAACCAGAUUCUGUGGUUUGGGCAGCUCUUCUUGGUGCCUGUAGGAUCCACAAAAAUGUUGAUCUUGGCCAGAAAGUUGCAGAAAGGCUCUUUCAAAUGGAUCCACAAAACUCCGGCAACUACAUAUUGUUAUCAAACAUAUAUGCAUCUCUAGGCAUGUGGGGUGAAGUGGGGGAAAUUCGUAAAUUGAUGAAAGAUCGGGGCGUGACCAAGGAACCAGGUAUCAGCUGGAUUCAGAUCAAGAAUAAGCUGCACUCUUUCCGUACAGAGGAUAAGACAAAUUAUCAGACUGAAGAUAUUUACUCAAUGCUGAAAGAGUUCUAUGGGCGUCUCAGGGAAACAGGUUACACGCCUGAUACGAACUUAGUUCUUCAUGACAUUGAGGAGGAACAAAAGGAGAAUGCACUCCUCUACCAUAGUGAGAAACUUGCUAUUGUUUAUGGUCUCUUGAACACCCCAAAUGGGAUCCCCAUUCAGAUAAUGAAAAACCUUCGUACGUGUGGUGACUGUCAUACAUUUACAAAAUACUUGUCCAAGGUCACUCGGAGAGAGAUCGUCAUGAGAGAUGGGAGUAGAUUCCACCAUUUUAGAGAUGGAUCAUGCUCUUGCGGGGAUUACUGGUGAGUUUUGCGUUGAAGGGUCCCAGCAGUAGUAGGAAAUAUUUACUGCUAACAAACUGGAGAUAGUGGCUAAUGGAGCAGCCCACAAAUUGGCCGAAGUGGGACAGGGUCUAGAGAUAUAUGAAAGAUCAGAAAGUUUACCAGACCCAGGAAUCAAUUGGAUCCAUUGCAAUAACUGGCUACGGUCUUUCCUAUCAGGAGAUGAAGCAGAGUCGUGAUGAAACUUGAGGGUGACGAGUUAUUCUUACCUGCCUGAACUCCAUUCUUCUUGUGGAGGGAGCAGAAGGAGAAUGUGGACCCCGUUCAAACUAGUGACUCUCCAUUGUUUGCGUUUCUUUGUGCACCAAAUGGUGUUCUAUAAAGAUGACAACAUAAGUUCUUGUUGUCAGUGACCAUACAUCUAUGAGCAUAUGUUUCAUGUCCAAUGGUUACCAAGGAGUUUGUCAUCAGGGAUUAAGAGCUAAUUUCUACUAUUUCUGAAAUAUGGAAUAUAGGUUUGACACUAGAGGAACUCUUGAUACUUGUACUGGAAGGAUUUGAGUUGGUUGUGAUGUUACAGAAACUGUGUUCUGCAAGUUUUGAAGCCUCUUACAACCACAGGAGGGGGAGGGGGAGGGGGAGGGAGGGAUUCUGUUUCUCCUAGCUUUAUCUUGCAUGAAUAAUUUGUUGGGGGCCAGCCAAAGGUACAAGCUUCUUGAUCCCUUUUGUUCCUCUUUUCAUCUUCCUUUUAAGUGAGAAUGGAUUUCUACCAUCCUGGAAAUUAUAUGUUCC